GGGAAAUGCUCUUUUUCAUGAUGAGAAGCGAGUUUGGAGUAUUUGCAGUAAUGGGUAUCCAAACUGUGAUGUAGUGUUUGAUCGAAUAUUGCACUGGACCAAAGUGAAAUGUCUUUGUGUAUGAUGAGAAGUGAAUUUGUGUAUCUUCGGCAAGGACUUGGAAGAACAUAUGCAAGGUCUAGAGGCAAAAGAAUAGUGCUUCAAGAGCUGAAGAAAGGGAUAUUAUUGCUCCAUCCACUCUGAAAGCUACCAUAGUGUAUCUCUUUUGUACUAG